GGAUCUUAUGGGCUCUUUAAACUGUUUAAGGUGGGUGAUGGUUUGACAGCUCCAUUGGUCGGUCCUACUUCUUUUCUUUCCCUCUGUUCUUUCUGCCUGUCCUUAAUUACGCUUUCCCUGCUCUUAAUGACUGAUCUUAUAGCGAUGUACUUUUCUUUAUUCAAAUAAAUAAAGUCAAAUUUCUCUGGCUGCAUUUCUUUUCGAGUCUGCUGAUUUAUGAUAAGUUGUUUGGAUGUGGAAUUGGAGAAUAAAUAAAUGAACGCUUCAAUCAUUCACUUGCAGUGGUUUAAAUAUUUCAUUAUUUCAUUUGUCUAGCCCAAUGUUUAUCUCUCUGUUGCAGAGCUGAUAUGAAAGUGUUACUAGUACACAUCAGAACAGGUUAUAACAAACUGUUGGUGCACAAUGAGACAACAAAGACACUCAGCUCAGAGGAUGUUGAGAGGGAAGUCAUCUGGUUCAUGAAACUUUCUUGGAAUCUAGCCUUGCAGUCCAAGGAUGAUGCGUUCUGCAUGAAAGAACUGUUCAACCUUUGCUCUCAG